CGGGGGCGGCGCCGAGGCCGCGCCUGUAGGACCUCGGGGCCGGCGCGGCGGGAUGGGGACCCGGCGCUGGGAGUGAGGUGGCGGCGGCGACGAGCGGAACUUAAGCCGGAGGGGCUCUCCCGCUUCCCACCUCUGGCUCGUCGGUCUCGUCCUGCAGCCCCUCGGCUCCCGCGUCCCGCGGGACCGGGACGGCGACGGCGGGGGCAUGUGGUGCUGGAUCCGGCGGCAGCUGGGUUUUGACCCACCACAUCAAACUGAAACAAGAACUAUUUACAUAGCCAACAGGUUUCCUCAGAGUGGCCUUUACACACCUCAGAAAUUUAUAGAUAACCGGAUCAUUUCAUCUAAGUAUACUGUGUGGAAUUUUGUUCCAAAAACUUUAUUUGAACAAUUCAGAAGAGUGGCAAACUUUUAUUUUCUUAUUAUAUUUUUGGUUCAGCUUAUGAUUGAUACACCUACCAGUCCAAUUACCAGUGGACUUCCUUUAUUCUUUGUGAUAACAGUAACUGCCAUAAAGCAGGGAUAUGAAGAUUGGUUGCGACAUAACUCAGAUAAUGAAGUAAAUGGAGCUCCUGUUUAUGUUGUUCGAAGUGGUGGCCUUGUAAAAACUAGAUCCAAAAACAUUCGGGUGGGCGACAUUGUUCGAGUAGCCAAAGAUGAAAUUUUCCCUGCAGAUUUGGUGCUUCUGUCCUCAGAUCGACUUGAUGGUUCUUGUCACGUUACAACUGCUAGUUUGGAUGGAGAAACUAACCUGAAGACACAUGUGGCCGUUCCAGAAACAGCAGUAUUACAAACAGUUGCCAGUUUGGACACUCUUGAAGCUAUGAUAGAAUGUCACCAACCAGAAGCAGAUUUGUACAGAUUCACAGGUCAGAUGAUGAUAACUCAACAAUUGGAAGAAAUUUUAAGACCUCUGGGGCCAGAGAGUCUCUUGCUUCGUGGAGCCAGAUUAAAAAAUACAAAAGAAAUUUUUGGUGUUGCUGUAUACACUGGAAUGGAAACUAAGAUGGCAUUAAAUUAUAAGAGCAAGUCACAGAAACGAUCUGCGGUAGAAAAGUCAAUGAACACAUUUUUGAUCAUUUACCUCAUAAUCCUUAUUGCUGAAGCCAUCAUCAGUACUAUCUUGAAAUAUUCAUGGCAAGCUGAAGAAAAAUGGGAUGAACCUUGGUAUAACCAAAAAACAGAACAUCAAAGAAAUAGUAGUAAGAUUCUGAGAUUUAUUUCAGACUUCCUUGCUUUUUUGGUACUCUACAAUUUCAUCAUUCCAAUUUCAUUAUAUGUGACAGUAGAAAUGCAGAAAUUUCUUGGAUCAUUUUUUAUUGGCUGGGAUCUUGAUCUCUAUCAUGAAGAAUCAGAUCAGAAAGCACAAGUCAAUACUUCUGAUCUGAAUGAAGAGCUUGGACAGGUGGAGUAUGUGUUUACAGAUAAAACUGGUACACUGACGGAAAAUGAGAUGCAGUUUCGGGAAUGUUCAAUUAAUGGCAUAAAGUACCAAGAAAGCAAUGGUAGACUUGUAUCUGAAGGACCAACACCAGACUCUUCAGAAGGACCCUUUUAUCGUAAUAGUUUAUCCCAUCUUAACAACUUAUCCCAUCUUACAACCAGUUCCUCUUUUGGAACCAGUCUUGAAAAUGAAAUUGAACUAAUUAAAAAACAUGAUCUGUUCUUUAAAGCAGUCAGUCUCUGUCACACUGUACAGAUUAGCAAUGUUCAGACUGAUGGCAUUGGUGAUGGUCCCUGGCAAUCCAGCCUUGCACCCUCCCAGUUAGAGUACUACGCAUCUUCACCAGAUGAAAAGGCUCUAGUGGAAGCUGCUGCAAGAAUUGGCAUCGUGUUUAUUGGCAAUUCUGAAGACACUAUGGAAGUUAAAACACUUGGAAAACUGGAACGGUACAAACUGCUUCAUGUUCUGGAAUUUGAUUCAGAUCGUAGGAGAAUGAGUGUUAUUGUUCAGGCACCUUCAGGUGAGAAGUUUUUAUUUGCUAAAGGAGCUGAAUCAUCAGUUCUCCCUAAAUGUAUAGGUGGGGAAAUAGAAACAACCAGAAUUCACGUAGAUGAAUUUGCUUUGAAAGGGCUAAGAACUCUAUGUAUAGCCUAUAGACAAUUGACAUCUAAAGAGUAUGAGGACAUAGACAGACGCCUCUUUGAAGCCAGGACUGCCUUGCAGCAACGGGAAGAGAAAUUGGCAGAUGUCUUCCAGUUCAUAGAGAAAGAUCUGGUAUUACUUGGAGCUACAGCAGUAGAAGACAGACUACAAGAUAAAGUUCCAGAAACUAUCGAAGCAUUGAGAAUGGCUGGUAUCAAAGUAUGGGUACUUACUGGCGAUAAACACGAAACAGCUGUUAGUGUGAGUUUAUCAUGUGGACAUUUUCACAGAACCAUGAACAUUCUUGAACUUACAAACCAGAAAUCAGACAGCGAAUGUGCUGAACAAUUGAGGCAGCUUGCCAGAAGAAUUGAAGAGGAUCAUGUGAUUCAGCAUGGGCUGGUGGUGGAUGGAACCAGCCUGUCUCUUGCACUCAGGGAGCAUGAAAAACUAUUUAUGGAUGUUUGCAGAAAUUGUUCAGCUGUAUUGUGCUGUCGUAUGGCACCGCUGCAGAAAGCCAAAGUAAUAAGACUGAUAAAAAUCUCACCUGAGAAACCUAUAACAUUGGCUGUUGGUGAUGGUGCUAAUGAUGUAAGCAUGAUACAAGAAGCACAUGUUGGCAUAGGAAUCAUGGGUAAAGAAGGAAGACAAGCUGCAAGAAACAGUGACUAUGCAAUAGCUAGAUUUAAAUUCCUCUCAAAAUUGCUUUUUGUUCAUGGUCAUUUUUAUUAUAUUAGAAUAGCUACCCUUGUACAGUAUUUUUUUUAUAAGAAUGUGUGCUUUAUCACACCCCAAUUUUUAUAUCAGUUCUACUGUUUGUUUUCUCAACAAACACUGUAUGACAGCGUGUACCUGACUUUAUACAAUAUUUGUUUUACUUCCCUACCUAUUCUGGUAUAUAGUCUAUUGGAACAGCAUAUUGACCCUCACAUAUUACAGAACAAGCCCACCCUUUAUCGAGACAUUAGUAAAAACCGUCAACUAAGCAUUAAAACAUUUCUUUAUUGGACCAUCCUGGGUUUCAGUCAUGCCUUUAUUUUCUUUUUUGGAUCCUGUUUUCUGAUGGGGAAAGAUAUAUCUCUGCUUGGAAAUGGCCAGAUGUUUGGAAACUGGACAUUUGGCACCUUGGUCUUCACAGUCAUGGUUAUUACAGUCACAGUAAAGAUGGCUUUGGAAACUCAUUUUUGGACUUGGAUCAACCAUUUUGUUACCUGGGGAUCUAUUAUAUUCUAUUUUGUAUUUUCUUUCUUUUAUGGGGGGAUUCUCUGGCCAUUUUUGGGCUCCCAGAAUAUGUACUUUGUAUUUAUCCAGCUCCUAUCAAGUGGUUCUGCUUGGUUUGCCAUAAUCCUCAUGGUUGUGACAUGUCUGUUUCUUGAUAUUGUGAAGAAAGUAUUUGACCGACAACUCCAUCCUACAAAUACUGAAAAGGCCCAGCUUAUUAAAACAAAUUCAAGUGUCAAGUGCUUGGACUCCAUGUGCUGUUUCUCAGAAGGAGAAGCAACGUGCGCAUCUGUUGGAAGAAUGCUGGAACGAGUAAUAGGAAGAUGUAGUCCAACCCAUGUCAGCAGAUUAUGGAGUGCAUCGGAUCCUUUCUAUACCAACGACAGGAGCAUCUUGACUCUCUCCACAAUGGAAUCAUCCACUUGUUAAAGUGGCAGUAGUACUUUGUGGGAGCCAUUUCAACUCGUUUCCUAAAAUUCAGUGUGAUCAUCCUGGUAAUGGCCAUACUGGCUCUUCAGAUUUACUUUCUGAAAUCUCUGGAGUAGUUCAUACCCACUGAGAGUUAUAAUGGCAAACAAACAAAAAGCAUUAACGGGAACCCCUCUCAACUCCCUUAUGUUAAACUUUGUGAAUAAAGAGACAUUUUGCAUCU